UCUUCAAAUAUGUCCUCACGUUUCAUGAUCUCUAUCUUGGAGACGAUUGCCCUCUGUGCCAUAAGUUUGGCUGCGUUUAUCGGUAACUUCAGCUUAUUCAUCAUCGUCUACAAGGACAAAAAUCUUCAAACCGUCACUAACUUGUAUAUUCUGAAUCUGGCCGUGGCCGACAUCUUGGUGUCAAUUUUAAGCAUUCCAUUUACCAUAGUGACUAUCAUCGAAGACCGUUGGGCGUUUGGAGACACCGCUUGCGUUGCGCUCGGCUUUUUCACGAUUUUAUCCUUCAUUUCGUCGGUGAUGUCUCUUGGCAUGAUCGCUAUCAACCGAUAUUUCUACAUCGUCAGAUGGAACUCUUACCACCGAACCUUCUCCAGAAGAAACGCCCUGCUCUAUGCCGCCGCUGUUUGGGUAGUCGCGACAUCUUUGGCUUUUCCUCCGCUUAUAGGCUGGGCAGAAUAUCGUUUCAUCCCCGGAAAAUCGUACUGUUUCGUUUACUGGCCUUCAAAUGUGCACUUCAUGUAUUUCAUGAUCACUGUCUGCUUUUUUGGGCCGCUUUCAGCGAUAACCUUCUCGUAUUAUAACCUUUUAAAGUUUACAAGAGACAUGAAAAGGCAACUUGCGAAGUCAAUUAAUAUCACGCCGCCGCCACCAGUUCGUUGUUUCAACCCUCCAACAGCUACUGAACAUGGAAACAACGCCCUACAUAUCGACACCAACAUUGAGAAGCAACCAAAGAUCAAUGUCUUGAAAAAGAAUAAAUCAGGUUUUAUUUCAAAAUCACUGGAGUCUUCUGUGACACCAGAAGAAACGAAGAUAACAAACACAUUUCUGUACGUAGUCACCCUGUUUGUUAUUUGCUGGGCACCAUUUGCCGUGACCAUGUUCUUUGAUGUGUAUUAUCCAACGCCUAUACCACGCGCACUUGACAUGGCCUCCUUAAUACUCGGUUAUCUGAACAGUAUGUGUAAUCCAGUACUCUACGGGCUGCGUAACUCGGCUUUCAAACAGGGAUUUCUGAGUCUGUACUCGAGAUUUCUACCCGCACGGUUCAGACCAACAGAUGUGACAUAGCUGGAAAUGAACCCGUGACUAUUUAAAUGUAUGAAAUUUUGCAUAACCGUGAUUUCAAAUUGGGAGUACUUGUACCCAACUUUCAAAUGUCAAACUCCUCUUUAUGGAAAAAGUUGGGAAAUAAUGAACCUAACUUGCCUCUUUCGCUCUUCGAAGGGCUAACGCUCGAAAUGUCAGCGCGUAAGCCUAAGUAACUCAUUACGGUGACUGAUUUGUAUCCGUCAAAUCA